UUCGAGCCCUGCUGGUCACGCUACAUUACGCCUGUCGCAUCAACUGUGUUGAAUCCCCCGUCCACCUCAGCUCUGUCGCCCUCAAUCCUUGCUUGCGCAGGCAAUUGCGACCUUGUUCGAUUUGGCUCGACACGGCGCGACCAAAGUUGACGUCCUUCGUCCUCAACCCUCCAGCAGUUGCGGCUGCUCAUAAUGUACCCGCAGCACGCAGCCAUGGCCGCACAGCAGAAACCCGAGACCUUCAUGCUGAGCAGUGAAGCUCAGCAAGCCCUCCCCCACGAUGCUCAGGUAGCUCUGCAGCAAGUGGACAAUCUCAAGUACUUUCUCAUCUCAGCCCCCGUGGACUGGCAACCGGACCAGUACAUUCGGCGGUUUCUCCUUCCCACGGGCGAAUAUGUUUCUUGUGUUCUAUGGAACACCCUUUUCCACAUCUCGGGUACGGAUAUUGUACGGUGUCUUUCCUUCCGCUUCCAGGCAUUUGGGCGCCCAGUCAAAAACUCGAAAAAGUUCGAAGAGGGCAUAUUCUCGGAUUUGCGAAAUCUUAAAUCGGGCACCGAUGCUUCCCUCGAAGAACCCAAAAGCCCGUUCUUGGAUUUCCUCUACAAGAACAACUGCAUCCGGACGCAGAAGAAGCAGAAGGUGUUUUACUGGUACAGCGUACCGCACGACAGACUUUUCCUCGACGCCCUCGAGCGAGACCUGAAGAGGGAGAAGAUGGGCCAGGAGGCCACGACUGUCGCUGUCAGCGAGCCAGCUCUGUCCUUCCAAUACGACUCGUCCCAGUCCCUGUAUGAGCAGCUCACCAAGGCCCAGCAGGCCAAUUCUUCGUCCUUCAACCCUCAGCGCGUUUCUUUUUCUCAGAGCCAGUCCACGUCACCCGUGUUGCGAGCGAUCGACUCGAUGCCUCCUCCGCAAAUGAUUCCCCAGUCAAUGGCCCCUUUACCGGAUGGGCUAGACGCCAUGGUCCCCUACGGAGCGAUGACGAUGGCGCCAACGAUGCCCCAGCAAGUGAAGCGAGAACCUGAUUACGGGCGGGUGCAGUACAACCAAAACGGUGUCCCAAUAACGCAAGCACAUCAACGCCAUGCUUCGAUGCCCGUCUAUGGCUUGGAGUACUCGCCUGCCCCGUCCUUUUCGUCGUCCCACUACGAAGACUACAGCCAGAGGGGAAUCUCAUUCGAGCCACUGACACCUCCCCAACAAGCGCUUGGCAUGGCGGCCGAGCCUGCAUAUAUCGCCAAUGAAGAGACGGGCUUGUACACCGCAAUUCCCGACCACAUGAAUGGUGUUGGUGGCCUUAACGGCAUGAUUCAGCUCCCACCGUCCAACCUGGCUGGCCCUACUUUCUCCCGCGGAUAUGGGUCCAACAACGUAUACUCUGUGAUUGAAGGGUCACCGACGUACAAGCAGAGGAGGAGGCGCUCGUCCAUCCCUCCGGCGGUGUCGGCCACGGCUGCGGCUAUCGCCAACGCCACCCAGGCCCACCGGCCCUCGGAGCUGCGGAGGUCCGUUUCAGCCUCUGUCGGCCCUGUGGCUGAAGGCGACGAGUCGGACAAUUCGCCACCUGGACUAACAUACAGCAAUUCGGGCAUGUCACUCACAAGCCAACAGCACAAGGAGAUACUCGAGCUCUCACGACACGGUACCCCAUUGUCGACGGUUGAAGGCAGCCCGGCGCUCAACCCAAUGGCGCUACAACAACAAGACUUCGCCCACAUGGGUGCUGACGAAUUAGGUCCCUUGGCCGAGCAACGCCAAAUGAUGGCUGGUGGUAGCGGCGUGGUACGCAGAGCACGCUCAGCCACCGUCAUGGAACUCGGGCCCUACCCUCAAAAGUCCCACUCAUGCCCUAUCCCUACAUGCGGCCGUCUCUUCAAGCGCCUCGAGCACCUGAAGCGACAUGUGAGAACACAUACACAAGAAAGACCCUACAUCUGCCCUCAUUGUAGCAAGGCAUUCUCCAGAUCAGACAACCUAGCACAGUAUGCCCCCAUCUUUUCCUUGAUGUAUUCUUUUCUUUUGUCAACCCAAAAUAAUCCUGCAUGUUGCGCGCGCGGCAUGUCAGCAAUGGAGCAAACUAUCGUCUAAAUAAACAGCACGCUACAUAUUCACCACACAGCAGCAGCAUUGCACAACAUUCCAUGCCAGCCCAAGGAUCAUGAUUCACAUGGAGCAGGCACUGACAAAUUACUCUGUAGGCAUAAGCGGACCCACGACCGUGGCGAUGGUGUCGAGGGCGGUUUCAACCUAUCGGGCGAGGAUGACGAGGAGUACUCUGGGGAAGACCAGCUCGGCUCCUUCGAGGAAGCGUCCCCGAUAUCCGAGAACGGUUACGUCCCCGCGUCGUUG